AACAGUGUGUAUCUGUCGGGCUGCUGUCGUGCGCAGACGGAGCGCGCGGAGCGGCUGUUUGAUCGGUGAGCAGUCCCAGCAGCAGCAGCCAGAGCCCAGGGGCGGCCGGUGGGAGGAGGCAGAGAGUCCGCAGCUGCCGCACCGCACUGCCUCUUUGACAGCCACGAGAGGAAGGAGCCGCCCGCAUCCACCCAUGACAACGGAGCUGGAAGGCCAGGACUUGGACGGCUUAGGAGAGCAGACAGCUGAAGGACAGACCACAGUGACAGACAUCUGCAGUGACGCAGCAGGCAGAAGCAUGGCUUCCAUAGCCGAAUACUACGCCGGCAAGAGUGUGCUGAUCACAGGAGCCACAGGCUUCAUGGGAAAAGUGCUAGUGGAAAAACUGCUGAGGUCCUGUCCUGAAGUCAAAGCCCUCUACAUCCUUGUCAGACCCAAAGCUGGCCAGUCCAUGCAGCAAAGGGUCAGCGAUAUGAUGAAGUGCAAGCUUUUUGACCGAGUGCGGGAGGACAACCCUGACUUCCACCAGAAGAUCAUCCCCAUCAGCAGUGAGCUGAUGCAGCCUGGCCUGGCCAUCAGCCCAGAAGAUGUGGAGAAGCUCACUGCCUGCAUCAACAUCGUCUUCCACUGCGCUGCCACCAUCCGCUUUGACGAGCCGCUCAAACACGCCCUGCAGCUGAAUGUGAUCGCCACACAGCAGCUCCUCAGUUUGGCCCAGCAGAUGCACCACCUCGAGGCCUUCAUUCACAUCUCCACUGCCUAUGCAAACUGCAACCGCAAACACAUUGAUGAGGUCAUCUACCCACCACCCGUCGAGCCUAAGAAACUCAUCGAGUCUCUUGAAUGGAUGGAUGAUGGCAUUGUGCGUGACAUCACACCGCGGCUUAUCGGCGACAGGCCUAACACGUACACCUACACCAAAGCCCUGGCUGAGUACGUGGUGCAGCAGGAGCAAGAUAAACUCAACAUCGGCAUCGUCAGACCCUCUAUAGUUGGAGCCAGCUGGCAGGAGCCUUUCCCUGGUUGGAUCGACAACUUCAAUGGGCCAAGUGGUGUCUUUAUUGCUGCUGGAAAGGGCAUCCUGCGCACCAUGAGAGCCAACAAUGAUGCUGUAGCCGACCUGAUCCCUGUAGACGUGGUCAUCAACCUCACCCUGGCUGCUGGCUGGUACACUGCUGUACACAGACCUAAAACUGCCCUGGUCUACAACUGCACAACCGGUGGCAUCAACCCCUUCCACUGGGGAGAGAUUGAGUAUCAUGUGAUGUCGACCUUUAAGAGGAAUCCUCUGGAGCAGGCGUUCCGCAGGCCCAACGCCAACAUCACCUCCAACUAUUUGAUCAACCAGUACUGGAUCCUGGUCAGCCACAAGUUCCCUGCCCUCAUCUACGACCUUUUCCUGCGUCUGUCUGGACAGAAGCCACAGAUGAUGCGUAUCUUUAAUCGUCUGCACAAAGCCAUCGGUCUGCUGGAGUACUUCAGCAAUCAGGACUGGGAAUGGAACUCGGAGAACAUGAGCAUGCUGAUGAGCCAGCUAACCCCAGAGGACAGGAAGACCUUUAACUUUGAUGUGCGCCAGUUGAACUGGCCUGAGUACAUUGAAAACUACUGCAUCGGCACCAAGAAGUAUGUUCUGAAUGAAGAUAUGUCUGACAUCCCUGCUGCCAGACAGCAUCUGAGGAAACUGAGGAACAUCCGCUACACCUUCAACACCCUGUUGGUGGUUUUCAUCUGGAGGGUAUUUAUUGCUCGCUCCCAGAUGGCCAGAAACAUCUGGUACUUUGUGGUCAGCCUCUGUUUCAAGUUUCUCUCCUACUUCCGCGCAUCCAGCACCUUAACCAACUGAGUCUUCCUCACCGCCUCAAUCCAGAGAUGGCAGCCCUCAUCAGAAACAUCUUGGACUCUGUGGACACUCACAAAGGACGCUCCAAAUCCUCCUUCAGUGUGAACACAGAGGGCUCUCACCAGGGCUGUGUAUGAGUGAAGCACAUGGAAAGGAAAAAAAAAGAGGUCUACUAGCCAUGAAUUCUUUAUUUAGUUUGGAAAUCUCAUCAGUACAUACACUGUGACAUUAACUGUCACCAACCCCCGUCCAGAAAAAGAUGUUCUCAUUUAUUUUGUACCUACUAUUUUCCUCUUAAAGUGGCCAAUUAUAUAUGCAACAAGAAGCCUUUUGUGUGACUUCCAUUUUCUUUUCCAUUCCAUCGUUUCCAUCCUUCUGAAUCUAGGUACAUUGCCUUGCCUUGUGAUGAUUUUUUUCAUACUUGAAAUGUGGCAGUGCUUCAGUGGAGGAAAAUUUCUACAAGAUUAUUUUGGUCCUGUUUUUUACUGUGAGGAUGGCUAAGCCUCUCUUUAAUACGCAGAUGAUUCGGAUAUCUGUAUGUCUUGCUUUAUGUGUAUCUACUGCCUUUUUAAGAUUACACACAAAAACAGUUCAUGUGUCUCAAGGCCAAUCUAGAAUGAGAUGGCACUUGACUAAUAUUAACUCAGAUUCUCACCACAUAACAACUAUACAGGAGCAUACAGAUCUGCCAUCUUUCCUGCUGUUAUUUACUAUCUUAAAUAACUCAUCAUCAUGUCUUUAAAUAUGGUUUGUUUGAAUGCUCAUCCACUUUCUGCCUGUUUGUACAGCAGUUUGUAUUGAAACUAAGUUUACUACUUUUACAUCUUUAUACUUGGGUCAAAAGCUAGUCUGAUACGUGGUAGACCUUGGCAGUGUAAUAUAUAUAUAUGUAUAAAUAAGAGUACAUCAGAGACAAAGUUUAUUUGUAUAACAGUAUCACAUACAGUUGACAGUUAACCAAGCUCCAUGUUUUUAUCUAAUAUGAGGGAAAAAGAGACUUUUUUUUUGGUGGGUUGGGUUACAAAAAGCCAUCAAAUAAGAUAUUUGGAAUUCAAAGUCAGCAUUAAUAUGAGGAAAUGCCAAGUGCAACCAUGAAAACAUUAUAAUAGGUCCAUUAAUGUACAAAAAAUCUGAAAUGAAGAAAUCCAAAUAAUAGUUUUGGUUAAGUCCAGUAUUUGUGCUCCACACUGUUGCAUUAUCACUUUGUGAAGUGCAGGAACCAGGCCUAGGGGUCUGUAGGGAGUGGUGGAGAAUGGGGCGGUGGUUUAGUGAAGUAAGGAGCGGAGAAAACAAGCAGGGAAGAGCCAUUGCAUGUUGACAUCUAAGAUUUUGUUUUUUUGCCUGAAAAUGUAAGUUCUUGAGGCAGGCCUUAGGAUCUUUAAAGGUUCGUGAGGUUUGUUUUGUGGGGAGAAGGGUUGUCAUUGGCCAAGGCAUGAAUGGGAGUGUAAUUCAGGGAUGUUAAGGCUGGUCAAAUCGGCAAGUGCUUGUAGAAUUCUCCUGUUUAUGUUUUUUGUUUUUUGUUUUUUUUUUUUACAUUUAUGAUAAAGAGCUUUUUGAUGGUGACGUCAUUAUGGCUGAUGACAAUGUUGAUUUAAGCUGCAGCUGUAAGGAUUUUACCAAGCAGAUAUGUAAAUAUCAAAGUACACAACCAAGUACAGAGAAUCAAUUGACACAAUACUUUAUGAGAUAGAGCAAGAAAGAUAUUAUAAACAAGAUGACGUGAUGUAUUUCUCAGACAGGACCUAAACCACAUGGACCAGAGUCUUGCCCUUCUGGUAUUUACUGUAGACCUUAAAUCCAUGUUUGGAAGUUCUGUAAAUAGCUGAACAUAUUAUUCUUAUAGACUACCAAAAACUGUAUUUGACUAUUGUUUUGGUUUGUUUGUUUUUUUUUUCUUUGCUUGGUGAGUGUCGGCACUAGAUCCACCACAGAGCUUCCUUCAGAGUCUACCAAAAGUGUUAAGUAUGCGUGACAGACAUGUCUGACUUUGACUAAACAAAUUACAAAACUGUGUACAGUGUUGUGUGUGUUGUGAGGCUUGACUCUUGACAACACAAAUACCUAACAGUGAUGAGCCUAUAUGGGAGUAAAAGGGAUAAACUAAAUGCUUAUGCAAAGCCCCUAUCUGUGGUGUAACCAUGGUAACUGUCCUCUUAUUUUCAAAGGGGGAUUAUGAACCAAAAUGUCUGCAGCCGUACAGGCCUGUAUGAUGAGGCGGUUGCAUCAGAUUUGUCCUUACAGAGCUACAGGGCUAUUGCAAUGGUGUUGUCAUUAAUGGAGUUGUUGCUCUUCUGUGUGUCCAUCUGACAACAAAGUGCUGUCUUUGCCGUGUCCAAACUGAACGCAGAACACUGUCAGGACAGUGAAGCCCAGGUUGGAGCUACUGUUAUUGUAACAGCAACACAUAACCGAUGAGUCUAUCUUUUUUCUUUCUAAUGUAAUUUGCAAAAUGUCUGACCACCUUUUAUUCCCUACUCUGACACAUCAUUCAAAUUUGCUUGGCAAAACUGAAAUAAAGUAGAGGAGAAAACA